CUAGUGAAAAGGGGCGUUUACAAUUUCGUUCUGUUGAGCUCGUUGCAGUGGUGCUGGCAGGAGACUGAAGUCGCACUGAAAUUACAGCAGCUCAUCCCCAGCGCACAUCAGAGAAAGUCAAGACAGGAGGCAUCAGGCGAUAAUCAAAAACUUGGUCAUGGGAAAAUCAGCUUCCAAACAAUUUGCUGAAGAGGUCUUGAAGGCACAUAAUGACUACCGGAAGAAACAUGGAGUCCCCCCAUUAAAACUCUGCAAGAAGUUAAACAGAGGGGCGCAACAGUAUGCAGAAGAACUGGCUACCACGAGGGUCCUCAAACACAGCUCUGAGUCUGCUAAUGGAAAAUGUGGAGAAAACCUAGCAUGGGCAUCCUAUGAUCAACCAGGAAAGGACGUAGCUGACAGAUGGUACAGUGAAAUAAAAAAUUAUAGUUUUCAAAACCCAGGAUUUUCUUCUGGGACAGGUCACUUCACAGCAAUGGUUUGGAAGAACACAAAAAAGAUGGGAGUUGGAAAAGCAUCUGCUAGUGAUGGCUCCACAUUUGUGGUAGCUAGAUAUGAUCCAGCUGGAAACGUAGUAAACCCAGGCUACUAUGAAGAAAAUGUUCUUCCUCCAAGAAAAUAACUUUUCCUUUUUAAGGGUAGUCUUAUUGCUUAAUGACAAAUGAAUCUGGAUUUGGACUUGACAGUGUCUGAAGUGAAGUACAAUUCAAUGAAAUUUCCUGUUUGAUACUGUUGUUCCCUUCUUUCCACAGGUACAGCAGUUACUUCAGUCAAUCUGUAGGUCCCCAUUGUUUCUGAGGGGCCUUCAGUUCAUUUGAAAAUGAAAUAUAUGCAGAAUUUGUGAAGGGCAAGAGUUUAUAAGGUUUUUUUAAUAGUUUGCAUGAACUCUGGGCAAGCAUGUGAGUCAGCACACGUUGGAUGUCUUUUUUAAAAAAGCAAGUGUAUAGCUUUGUGUAAACUGAAGAUGUCAGCUUGAAAUUAUAUAUUCCAGGUUUUUGAAUAUUUGUUAAUAACUGUAACUUAGCUCUGUCUAUACCUCUUGUUAAUAUGGGGUCUAUUCUCUACAGAUGGAACAUAUGCAAAUCCCUCCUUGUGAAAGGUACAUGUAUGUAAUGCAGUGGAAUUCAGAUCUAUGUGUUUUUACUAGGAUGUCACUGAACACUAUUUUAAAUAUUGCUGGCAAAGUUGUAUCUAUCAAGCAAGCUAUAACUAAUGCAUAACCUGAAAGCUAUCAAAAAUGUUUUAUUUCUAGCAUUAGAGUUUAAAUAUUAGCACCUAAAAUGUACUUGAAAUGAAGUAUAUUUCAAGUCCUAACUCCAUCUUACAGUUUACAGUACAUACAUUGUCUUAUAAUCAUUUACUUCCACUAAGGAAAACAAGAUAUUCCCUUUUCCCGUAGAUAUUAACACUUGCUUUUUCUAACUUAUUGAAUGUUCUAAGUUCCUUGCACGUGAACCAUCUAACAAAAUCAAAGAGAUACCAGUCAACUUACAACUAGAGAGUUUGUUUUCUGUGCAUUUGUCAGACAAUCGGGGAACAAUUCAGUUGUCCAUGUAUAGGUAUCUAGUACCAGACACCCAUAAGGCACCAGCACAUCUGUGUAGAGGUGACAGAUACUACACAGGAGCUGAAAGAAACUCAUGCCUUUCUGGUGCAGCAGCUGUGGUCAGGACAUCAGACACAGGAAUAUCUCCUUAUGUGCCCUGAUUUUAUGAAGGAACCUACCUGGAAGUAUGUUUUCCAUAAGAAAAAAGUAAUCUUUCCUAACUUACUAGUAUUGCCCCAGAGAAAAAAAGUGUCUUAGGUUACUGGAAAACAAAACACAAGAUGCUCCACCAAUUUUUAUUUCCUAGAGAAUACCUUCAGCAGGUGUCAUACUAUACAGACAAUAAUAUUACCAAAUGAUCUUUAGUCCUGUUUAGUAAUGUCUCAGUAGGAGGUAUUCACAUGGUUAUAAUUAAGAGAAAUUUACUGUGUUGAUAUCUUAAAAUAAUAAUAAAAAUAUUUCCUGUUUUGGACAGAUGUCUUGAAAAAAUUCAGAUUUAAUUUCCUUAAAAGCAAGCAAGCAACAUUUCUGAAGACAAAUUUUUCUCGUAUAAAAUGUGGGUUAGGCUAUUUUGGCCAGGUUCAUAUACUGUGCUUCAAGUUGAAGAUUUUUUUUUUUUUCCCGUGUGUGUCUGUUUUGACUUCUGAGAUUCUGUAUGCCAAAAUUUGGCUCACAAAGAGUGCCACUGCAGAUAUAUUUCUUUUUGUUUACACAGUUGUAAUAAAUUGUAUUGUUAUGGCUUAAUAUGUCACUCUGGUACUGUAUGUUACAAUCUUUUUGCUGUAACCAAGAGUUUAACACACACAAUGAACAUCUGGAAAUUAAAUAUUUUUAAAUAUGAA